AUGCUCCAACCCCUCGCUGCAACAGAAUCAAGGCCUCCAAACCUCGUUGUACGUCGCGAGAGACAGCGAGACGGGGAGUACGAAUUAGUCAACAGGACGCAUGCUUGUUUGAGAUUUCAGAUUCGAACUGGGCCAAGCAAGGGUAAACUCAUCGAUCGGUUCUGUGGGCGGAGAACAAAGCAAAAGACACAAAGAAGGAAGGGGAGACGCUUCUUAGUGUUCUCCCUUUCCAUGAAGAAAGCUUGUUUGGUUCCAGCUUCCUCUGCCAUGGGAAUCGUUAGCACGAGGCUAGGCGCAGCAGACAGAGUAUGGGAUCAGUGGCAGACGGCGCUACGGCCCAACUCCAGGACUGCGAACUAUUCCAAGGAUUCCUGCUCGGCGGUCACCGAGGAAGUCCUCUCCAAUUGCCUCGAGAAAUCCCAAGAGAUCAUCGUCCUGGGUGUGGAGUCAGCACGCAACCAGAUGGAGGAGUGCGUAAAAUUAUACGACCAGCCAGACACACAAACUCCAGCCAGCUGGUAA